CAACCAAUGUUUCAGUGUUUGGUGGAGUCAUGCAAUAGCAAAUUUUCAACUAGGAAAGAAAGAAAAAGUCAUGUUGUGAAAGUUCAUAAGUACCCAAGUAACUACAGAUUUGACCAGGAACAGAAUAAACUAAGUGCUCGCAAAGAGGGCAAGCAAUCAGUGGAAAUGGAAGUCAAGUUAGCAGGGGAAGAACAGGUCAACUUGAAGGCCAAGGCCAAAGCUCCAGGAACAGAAGGUGUGGACAGAAUGGAGAUCAAAGGCUCAUCACCCCAGAGGCGACAGUUCUCUUACAAGUGGGUUCAUUUUAGAAAUAUAUGGUUCUUAUCUUACCCAGCCCAAAUGACCUAGCUAGUAGGUGACUCUGGAGUCUUAAUAGUUGUUUGUCUGUCAAAACUAUCUUCAAAUGACCUCUUCUGAUGAAUUGCUGAUUGGAAUUUCACCAUAUUUUACAUGAAGCAUCCUUAGGUGGUGGAGAUUCCAACAUAUACAUAAUAUAAUAAUAAUUAUAA